CACACCCACCCACGUGUCCACCAUCAUGUUGUCUUCCUUGCCAGAAGAAUGGAAGGAAACAGAGAAAAAGAGAGAAGAGAGAGCUCUGGAGGAUCCCAAAACAAAAGAAAAAGUCAUCAGAUAUGACAGAAGAAGUAAUCAUAGCCGACCUAAGAAAAAGAUAAAGUAUUUUCAAUUGAAGCAUCUGGUGGAUAAAAGUGAAGAGGAGGGACAGAGAUCAGCUACUCAUGCAGCACGUGCUGAACUGAUACACAAUCUCGAGGAGCCAGGUUUAAUUGUGGCUGAGAACAGCAAUGAGCGUACAAUUGAUUUGACUCAAGAGGAAAUUGUAGGUCAGGCUCCACUAGCAGUCGCUACUCAAUAUUUUAAUAUUAAGUUGAAUGAGCUUGGACCAUACUCUAUCAAUUAUUCAAGAAGUGGACGUCAGCUCCUAUUGGGUGGGUCUAAAGGUCACAUUGCUUCAUUUGAUUGGAGGUCUAAGAACCUUGGCUGUGAGAUACAAGUGCUAGAGACAACACGUGAUAUCCAUUAUCUUCACAAUGAGACAAUGUUUGCUGCCGCUCAGAAGCAGUUUGUGUACAUCUAUGAUAGAACUGGUACCGAGUUACACAGAAUAUCAAAAAUGAUGUCAGUCAACAAACUUGGAUUCCUUCCUUAUCACUUCCUCUUAGUCUCCGCAAAUGAGUAUGGUGUGUUGUCAUAUCUUGAUGUAUCCAUUGGUCAGUUUAUAUCACGGCACUACACUAAAAUGGGUCCACUGAGAGCUCUGUCAUCCAAUCCUCACAAUGGAGUCGUCACAUUAGGUCAUCAUAAUGGAACUGUCAGUAUGUGGACUCCUAACAUGUCAAAGCCAGCUGUGAAGAUGCUCUGUCAUAGGGGGAGGGUCUCUGAUAUUGCCAUUGAUAGAGAAGGAAGGUAUAUGGUUACUGGAGGGUUUGAUGCUAAGAUAAGAGUGUGGGACAUUAGGCAGUAUAAACCAGUCAACUGUUUCCCUAUUGCUUCCCCUCCUUCAUCACUUGAUAUCAGUCAAAGGGGACUCUUAGCAUUUGGAUAUGGCAGUCGUUGUGAGAUUUGGAAAGAUGUUUUUAGUCAGUCAGAGCCAUACACUCCUUAUCUUAAGUAUCGUCUCUCAGGACAGCUACACAAACUUCAGUUCUGCCCCUUUGAGGAUUGUCUUGGCCUGGGACACAGUAACGGGUUCACUAGCAUUGUUGUACCAGGUGCUGGUGAGGCUAAUAUUGAUGGUCUUGAGGUUAAUCCUUAUCAAAGUAAAAGACAGAGGCAAGAAUGGGAAGUGAAGGCAUUGCUGGAGAAGAUACCAGCAGAUCUCAUAAUGUUAGAGCCACAGAACCUCACUCAAGUGUACACUGGGCCAAUAGAGGCUGAGAAUAAUGCACAAGGGAAUGACAAAGUGAAAAAGAAAAAGAUUGUAUUGAAAAUGAAGAAGAGAGGUCGUAGCACUCCUGGUAAACUAGCUUCCAGGAAACAAAAGAUUUUGGACAGGAGAGCAAGGCAACUACUCAAGGCAAAAUUGAGAUCAACUAAGGCAAAGGGUGACCAAAUGAAGAUGGAAGACAAAUCAAUUUUAGAUCGAUUUAAGUCUUAGGAACUUAUUUAAACUGAUGAAAAGUUUUUUGUUUGUGUACAUACAUGUAUUAUUAAUGCUAGAAGAGACAAAGUGAUGCUUUUAUAUAAUAUUAAGUUACACAGGUCUGUAAACCAGGCCUUAGUCAAAAA